AUGAGUCUGACCGUACCUUGUGGUGACGUGGUUGAUCGAGGUGAUUUUGUCGGCUCGGAUGACGAAUAUGAGUAUCGAAUUGAACAAAAGCUAGGCCACGGAGGGUUCUCAACCGUCUGGAUGGCAUACGACAUGCUGGAGAAGAAAGAUGUGGCGCUCAAGAUUAUGACGCCUGAAGAAUCAAAUGAGCAUGAAUAUAAUAUUCAGAAGGAGAUCAUCAGGAUCAUUCAGGACACCUCCCAUCUCGUACUUUGCCCCAAUCUUCGGGAUCAUCGCCGUCAGAAGCCAGUGCGCACCCAAAUGUCAGCUGCAAAGCAACUAUUACAAGCCAUCAGCCACCUGCAUGAUAACUUGAGCAGUGCAAACGUUAUGUACAGUCUUCGACCCAUCGACAACAGCAGUGUCACUGCAAAGUACCAAUACAUAGGACGCCCUAAGAAAAUGCGUCUAGAUCCCGACCUUUGGAAUACAGGUGAACUAGUCAUGCCAAUGCUGGCCCAUGAAAGCCUGAUUGGAGACGACGUAUCUCUCGGCGACUUUGGACUAGCACUCAAAUCAGAGAGAGUUCGUGACCAGGACCCGACCUUCGCCACUGAUAUGUGGAGUUACAUAUGUAUUUUUGCCGAGCUAUAUAUGGGCUAUGCCCUCUUCUAUGGCUUGGGGAACUCUUCAAUAGUGUCUUAUAUAGUUCACACUUUAGGCCUUCUCCCUACUACAUGGAGGGGGACUUACAAGGCCGGUGGCGCCGACAAUGAUUGGUGGUAUGACCAGGGAUAUAAGCUAGAUCCUUCGGCGUCACUUGAAGCCAAGGUAUCACGGCUACGACCAGAUAUUGAUGCAGUGGAGCGAGAGCUUGUGCUUUCCAUGUGGCGGAAAGGGCUUUCAUAUCAGCCCCAGGAUCGCCUAACUGCGAGUCAGUUGCUAGAGGAUGUUUCUUUCAAGGCGCUUAUGGAGAUUUACGGAGUACAGGAACCUGCAUAA